GUGCUGGAAAAACACACGCUGUGUUUGUGCCGCGCUGUCUGGGUUGCAACACACCGACCUGUUGCUACCUGGGAUCUCAACAUGGUCCAGUGGUUCUGAGCAGCUCUGACCCGAGGACGACUGUGUUUAUUAGGACAAAAAGGAUUGACCUCAAAUAAGGCAUAAUGGGGGACCUGAGGCAGAAGAUGGGUCACAUGUCACAGACAAUAUGUCCAAGCUCGCGAGCCUCAUCCGACGAGGACCUGAAGGCCUCGAAGGGAGCGGACGAGGGGAAAAUGCAGAUGAAGCGAGAGAUCUCCCUGCUCAACGGCAUCUGCCUCAUCGUGGGCAACAUGAUCGGCUCCGGCAUCUUCGUCUCGCCCAAGGGGGUGCUCAUGCACAGCGCCUCCUACGGCCUGGCGCUGCUCAUCUGGGCCCUGGGCGGCGUCUUCUCCGUGUUCGGGGCCCUGUGCUACGCCGAGCUCGGCACCACCAUCACCAAGUCGGGCGCCAGCUACGUCUACAUCCUGGAGUCGUUCGGCGGCUUCCUGGCCUUCGUGCGCCUGUGGACGUCCAUCCUGCUGAUCGAGCCGGCCAGCCAGGCCGUGAUCUCGCUCACCUUCGCCAGCUACCUGCUGGAGGCCUUCUACCCCACCUGCCAGCCGCCGUACGACGCCGUGCGCCUCAUCGCCGCGGCCUGUCUGUGUCUGCUCAUCUUCAUCAACUGUGCCUACGUGAAGUGGGGGACGCUGGUGCAGGACGUCUUCACCUACGCCAAGCUCAUGGCGCUCCUGCUCAUCAUCGUCGUCGGCCUCGUGAAGCUGUCCUUCGGAGAAGCAAAGAACUUUGAGAGUCCGUUGGAGGGAUCGUCCACAGACCCUGGAGCCGUGGCCUUGGCCCUGUACUCGGCCCUGUUCUCCUACUCCGGCUGGGACACGCUCAACUUUGUCACGGAGGAGAUAAAGAACCCAGAGAGGAACCUGCCCCUGGCCAUCGCCAUAUCCAUGCCCAUCGUGACCAUCAUCUACCUGCUGACCAACGUGGCCUACUACGUGGUUCUGGACAUGCCGUCUCUGCUGGCCAGCGACGCCGUCGCCGUGACCUUUGGGAACGCUGUGCUGGGGCCAUUUCACUGGAUCAUGCCCGUGUCGGUGGCCAUGUCCUGCUACGGAGGCCUCAACGCUUCCAUCAUUGCCGCCUCACGGUUGUUCUUCGUCGGCGCCAGAGAGGGUCACCUCCCCAACAGCUUGAGUCUGAUCCACAUGCAGCGUUACACACCCAUACCUGCGCUGCUGUUCAACGGGCUGAUGGGUCUGAUCUUUCUCUGCGUGGAGGACGUGUUCCAGCUCAUCAACUACUUCAGCUUUAGCUACUGGCUCUAUGUGGGCCUGUCGGUGGCCGGCCUCAUCUACCUGCGAAUCACCCAGCCAGACAGACACAGGCCCGUCAAGCUGACCCUGUUCUUCCCCAUCAUCUACUGCCUGUGCAGCGUGUUCUUGGUCAUCGUUCCUCUCUACGGAGACACCGUCAACUCUCUGAUCGGCAUCGGCAUCGCGCUGUCCGGGGUGCCGGUCUAUUACGUCACCGUUUACCUGCCGAAGGAGAGGAGGCCCCGAUUCAUAGGCAGGUUGAACGCCUUCGCCACCAGAUACGCGCAGACGCUGCUCUGCUGCUGCCUGAGCGAGGCCGACGCGGAGACGUAGCCGCGAGCUACGGGCCAACACUGUCCACUGAGGGGCUGCACGCGGACCCGCCUCAUCGCGGCGGUGGGAGGAGGAGGAGGAGGAGGAGGAGAGGACAAAAAGCCCCGACGCCUCAAAUGACCUGGAAGGAGAUCACACCUGUGGGCGCGUUCUUACAGAAACCAAGAUAUAUCUUCCAUGAGGAUUUAACAGCGGGAUUAAAUUAUGUACAGUAGCUCAAGCUCCCUUUGAUUUUAAAUAGCUGAUUUGACUCUAUUUACAUGCUUCAUGAAUAUAACUUCAUAUUCACCCUGUGGGUAUUUGAGUGCACUUUUUUUUUUCCUGGCGCUUUCACCAAACUCACCGCUCACAGACUUUAACAUUUGAACUAUGCGAGCAGUGGUUUAUCUGUGAUGCAUUAAGUUAUGCAGCCUCUCGUGUCAAUAAAAUACCAGUCACACAACAAAGGGAAUCAUGUUUGACUGGUUUAUCUGCUACAGACCAAGGCCACGUGAUGUGACUGGAUGCUGUGGCCGCGUUUGGCUGUGACUGGAAGUUGGACGAAGCCCGGCCUUGAAUAAACCAAAGACCCAACGCACCUUAGCAGCUCAAAGCCAAAUAAAUAGAAACAAAUGUUUAUCUUUAGCACUUUUUUACAGUGUUUAAUAAAUCAAGCGUUUGGUUUAAAAAUGUUUUAUUUUUUUGCAGCGUUGACAAAUGUUAACUUUGUCUUCUAUAUUAAAGAAUUCAGUUUCUUACAUUAAAA